GUGCUCGGAAGAAAGAGAGAGAGAGAGAGUCGCGAGGACUCUCUUGGCCUUGCUCAAUCCGCGGACAAGCAACACCCAUCUGCAAGUCACGGCCAUGUGGUCUCAAUCCUAUUCUCAACACCUCGUGCAAGUGUUGUUGCGUACUGGAACAACGUUUCUUGGAUUGGCGCAAGCGCAGACCAAUUGGGUCCUCGGGUCAAGAGAUUUUUGAAGAAAGAGUGAAUUUUUUCGUUUGAAUUGAUCGGUAUGCAAGUACCCAGAUGGCGAAACUUCGUGGUGAUCAAGAAUUCAUUGAUGGCUUCAACAUCUGGGACGGUUCGUGCUGCUGGUUUUCACUCAACUCCGGCCACUUGUGAGAAAUGGAAGAAUAAAUGGGAUUCUGAUUUUGCUAGAGGUGGUCAACAGCCAUCUAAGAACUAUGUCAGAUAUGCAACACGUCAGAAGCGUGCUGAUACAAAGAAGGCUCUGAAAGAUCUCCUCUUGAACAGCGGGUCCUCUAGAUUUUCGUUCCAGGACAAGAGCCCUGCCUGGAAUUUUGAUGAGACAGAAAAUCAGUCAGAUAAUUGUGGUAAUAGAGGUAGAUCAAAGCCAUCUUCUCGGCGUGCUGGGAAGAGCCACCAAAAGAAAAUGAAGCGAAAGUUUAGGAGGGAGAGCUUCUGUGAGGACCUAGAUGAUCAUCCUGAGACGAUAUUUCAAGCAACAUUCAGGAAUAGGUGGUACACUUGGUCUUUCAAUUUAAGGCACUCUUCUGCCUUUGAAAAUGCAUCAUCCGGUUUUCAGUGGAGAGAGGAUAUUAAUUGGGGGAACCGCAGAACAAAAGAAUGGGAAACAGCAAGUGAAACAGAGUCUGAUGAUGAGUCAAUUAGAAUAGGAUCAGUGUCCGAUAGAAAAAUGCUGGGUUUGCCUAUAACAGGUCCUUUGAAGAUAGAAGAUGUGAAAAACGCAUUUCGACUGUCAGCCCUGAAAUGGCAUCCCGAUAAGCAUCAAGGCCCUUCACAGUCAAUGGCUGAAGAGAAGUUCAAGUUAUGUGUUGAUGCAUACAAGUCACUGUGCAGUGCUCUUUCAGCGGCUUAAACUGUAAGCUUUGGCCCAGACGGGUUCAGCUCUUCGAAACUUUUCUUUCCAUGAGUAGGCUUAGUGAUAUUGUGACAUCAUUUAUUUAUUUCUACUGAUCAUCCUUGCAAAGUUCAUAUCAGAUGGUUCUAAACUUUUCCUGGUGCUACAUUUUUUUCUUGAUUGUUCAAAUUGCUUAUCAGAAAUUUUUAUUUUGCAACUUGAGGGUUUUUCUUCCAUUGUAAUGAGUAAUAUAAUCAGCUGUUCAAUGGCCAAAGGUCAUUAUAAUAA